AUGUUUAUUGAAGUAUAUCAUCUUGUGUGUACAUAUCUUUUCCAGAUUGUGUUUUUCGAGGACCGGGACUUCCAGGGAAAGUCCUACGACUGCAAAGGGGACUCGCCCGACCUGCAUGGCUACAUCCGCAGAUGCAACUCGGUCAAGGUAGAGGGUGGCUGGUGGGUUAUGUAUGAGCGCAACAACUUCACCGGCUACCAGUAUGUCAUCGGCCCAGGGGAGUACAAUGACUACCGCCACUGGAUGGGCUUCAACGACUGCGUCCGAUCCUGCAGGAUUGUCAAAAAUGCUAAAGGGCCAUACAAGCUGAAGCUUUUCGACCGGCCAAACUUUGACGGUCAGACUCUGGAGCUGACAGAAAACAUGAAGUCGAUCCUUGAGAAAUGGCUCAGACAAGAAGUCCAGUCCUGCAAGGUCCUGGAGGGCUCCUGGGUUUUCUUUGAACAUCCCAACUUCUGCGGACGCCAGUACCUGCUGGAGAAGGGCGAGUACCGCCACCACUCAGAGUGGGGAGCUCUCAAAGCAAACGUGGGCUCCAUCAGAAGAAUCAUGGAGAAAUGA